AUGUCUCGCCACUUUUAUCAUAGGCGCAACGCUGGCAAAUUCAACUACGUGAACAGAUGGGUGAAAUAUGUCCUUUCUGUUACAAACUUCCUAUUUGUGAUGAUUGGAGGAAUCUUACUAGUCCUAGGAAUAAUUGCAUUCGUGGAAUCUGGUGUUAUAACUCAAAAGUCAAAGAUAAGCAUUUUGCACUGGAUCUUUAACAUCACUGUUAUUGUGACCAUUGUGGGCUUCAUUACCGUCCUGGUCUCAGCCACUGGUUUUAUUGGAUCCUUGAGGGAGAAUCAGUGUCUUCUCAAAUUUUACUAUAUAUCAUUGGCAAUGUUAUUCGUGUGUGAGACAAUCAUCGGCAUACUCUUCUUCAUAUACCGUGAAACCGCUAUCAAUCAUGCAGAAGAAAUAGUGAAGAAGACCUUUGUUACGCAGUAUCGUGAAGUAGGCUUUGAGGAUUCCACAAACUUUAUGGAUUUUCUGCAAAAAGAGCUUCAGUGUUGUGGACCCAGAAGCUAUACUGACUGGACCGCCAAUCGCUACUUCGCCUGCAACGACAGCUAUGUUAGUCCGGAGGCCUGCGGGGUGCCGUUCUCUUGCUGCCGAAGAAUGAAUGACAUAAAUGUAGGCAUCUCACUUUUUUCUCCGACAUUGCACUCGCGCUAA